UCCAUGACUAAGCGGUACUCUGGAUUUGAGAGUGCAGUGUUGAAUGUGCUUUAUCCCACUAACCUGUUCCUGCAGUCGGAGCACCUGAACAGGCGAGCGCAGCCCCUACUGCACCACGACUCCCAGGAGACGGAGGUGAUGGAGGAGAGCAUCCUGCAGCCAGAGAGCCACAGCUCCGAGGCCGAGGAGAUGGAGACCUGGACUCUGCUCGGCCUAAGGCUGAAACUGUCUUCGUGGCAAGUCAAAGACCUCAGACAGCCUAACGAAAAAUACGCACUUCCCUCAAAUGUAGUUUGAGUCAGGCCCUCCUCCCUUCUGCCACCGUCCGACGUACCAAACAACUGUAAUCCCACAUACAGUGAAGCGAUUGUGGUGGGAGGGAUUGCCCUGUCUACUCUGAAUUGCAAAAAAUAAAAUAUCACUCUGUAUCUUACGUACAUUUUAAUGUCAUUGUAUCCCUGACCUUGUAUGGACAAGUUUUCGGCUGAUAGCUGACUUUCAAAACAAGAAAAAUCAUGGAUUUUAACGUCAAAAGAUUUGCAGCGGACGCCGGUACUUUCCUCAGUCGCGCAGUUCAGUUCACCGAAGAAAAAUUCGGACAGGCAGAGAAAACAGAGUUGGACGCGCAUUUGGAGAACCUUCUGGGCAGAGCAGAAUGCACCAAGCACUGGACAGAACGGAUAAUGAAGCAAACUGAAGUCCUACUACAGCCAAAUCCAAAUGUGAGGAUAGAGGAAUUCUUUUAUGAGAAACUUGAGAAAAAAGUGCCAACUCGGGUGAACAACCAUGAGCUGCUCGGCCAGUCCAUGAUCGAUUCUGGGAACGAGUUUGGACCAGGAACAGCCUAUGGCAACGCAUUGAUUAAAUGUGGAGAGACAGAGAAACAGAUUGGUGGAGCUGAGAGAGAGUUUAUCCAAAGCUCUGCCAUCAACUUCCUGACACCUUUUCGGAAUUUCCUUGAGGGCGAUUUUAAGACUAUCUUGAAAGAGCGCAAGCUACUUGCGAAUAAGCGGUUGGAUCUGGACGCAGCCAAGACGAGGCUAAAGAAGGCCCGGAUGGCAGAUGCCAGAGCCGUGUCUCACGGCUUCAGCCCUCCACCAGGGGAUGUUGACUAUUCAGCCAAUUUCUUUUACAUGGUGAACUUCCUUCAUGUCAAAUGGGAGAAGAUGUGGGCAGAGGAAGUGACAAAGGCAGAGCAGGACUUGAGGAUGACUCAGAGUGAGUUUGACCGACAGGCGGAGAUCACCAGGCUUCUCCUCGAGGGAAUCAGCAGCACUCAUGCACACCAUCUGCGCUGCUUGAAUGACUUUGUGGAGGCUCAGACCACAUACUAUGCACAGUGUUACCAGUACAUGGUUGACCUGCAGAAGCAACUUGGAAGCUUCCCUUCCUCAUUCGCCUCUAACAACAACCAGUCGUCGGUGAGCGGGGGUGCCAGUGUGUUGGUGCCCACCCUCCCGCUGUCGUCCUCUUUGCCUGCUGGCCGCAGCUCAUCGGCCUUCAACGAGCUGCGCAGCUGCAGUGGCAGCCGUAAGGCCCGCGUGCUCUAUGACUACGACGCCGCCGGCAGCAGCGAGCUCUCCCUGCUGGCAGACGAGGUGAUCAUGGUUAGCAGUGUCCCAGGGAUGGAUCCUGAUUGGUUGAUGGGAGAGCGCGGGAACCAGAAGGGAAAAGUGCCAAUCACUUACCUGGAGCUGCUGAACUAGGCCCUGGGUAGGACUGGAGUCCUGAGUACCUGAUGGAUAGCCACAGCACAGCCAAGCAUAAUCCAGCCCCGAUCUCAUAUUUAUAAUAAUAAUUAAUGAUAAUAAUAACUCGUAUGCAACUGUGCUUUUUUAGCGGUGCUUUUUUGUCUGUUUUGUGCCAUCUGGUUGAGGGACAACUCUGCUGCCUCUAACCACCACACUGGGAGCUUGAUGGGGUCCGUCCCACCAAACAUCUCAGAGCCCCCCCCGACCCUGCACCCUACUCAACACCCCAAAAGUGUUUACAAAUCAUUUAUGCAGAUGACGUGUUGGUUUUUGGAAUAGUGAUUUAGGUGUGAUUGACUGCUACUUGCUUCAUUAAGGGGCAGUGAAAUGCAGGGGGAAAAGGGGGGUGUUGAAUGUGUUAACUAUGAUAUUUUUUUUUUCCGAGAGAGAUAACAUGUAAGCACUUGAAUGUAAAGAAAGACUGAAAGCUUGAGAUUGAUUUUUAUUUCUUUUUCUUUUCAUUCUGAGAAGUCUUAGUAUAAGUGGGACUGCUUUGAGAAGUCUGUGCCUCUGAGAGAAAGGCUGAGAAAGAGCUGCGUUCCUCCCAGAGGAACCUUUUUUCCAGGGUUGACCAUAUCAGUAUCUUGAAAGAGAGCCUUCUCUGAAUUCCUUUAGAUUAAGGAGUAGAGACAGCAGGUCAUCAAUUACAUUUCGGGCUCCAUUGCUUUAGUACCGUGCCUUUGGUAUGGCCGGAUAGGCUAGAGGUCUUACAUAAAUUACAACACUUAAACCUCUGGAUUUAAAUGCCUUAACUGCACCAGAACUCUUUGUUCCUGCCAUUUCAAGUUAGGCAUAAUGAAAUUAAAGAAGAUGUUUUCCUCUUUUUCAAAAGACAAAAAAAUAUGGACCAACUUUUCACCAUUGACCUUAAUGACAAGAAGCACACUCCACCCCAGUAGGCCACCCUUCCCCCACCCCCCUCCUCUCAGGUUCAGUCGUCCGUAGGGUGUAGCUAAUGCUCAUGAGCACACAGGAAGUGCCUUAACGUAUCCUUUAGCCUUAUGUGUGCAUAUAGCACCGGGGUUCCUUACAGACAGUUUAUUUAAAGAAAAGACAUGGUCUUAACCCUCAGUACUAACUUUUCCUACAUCGUAUUCUCCCCUUACUCUUCUACUCUAUAUUCAAUUCGAUUCAUUGGUUUCUUAUCUUAAUUAUAUAACAGCUGAAGAAAACAGGUUAUCCAUUGUUAAUGGCCUCUUUUGUCUUUUGUUAAGUUGUUUUCAUAGAUUGUUGUAAAGAAUGUAAGCAUUAUGUAUUAAAGACCCUUGUGGUAUAUCCUUUUA